AUCAAACAGGAGGACAGCAUUCGAAGAUGUCAAAUUAUGCAAAGCCUGUUAUUGUGGCAACAAGUAUGCUUGAAAUCAUGAUUAAUCAUCCCACACCAACAAGGGCAAAAGUCUCAGACACUGCAAUUGUAGUAAGACAAGGUGCUGAUGCUAUCAUGCUUUCAGGAGAAACUACACAUGGAAAAUUUCCGUUGAAAGCUGUUAAAGUUAUGCACACGGUGGCUCUUAGGAAUGAAUCCAGUGUUCAAAGUGGUGUUUCUUAUCCGAGUCAACUGAGUUCCCAUGAAAGCCACAUGGGAGAAAUGUUUGCUUUCCAUGCGACAACAAUGUCUAACACUCUUAAUACUCCUAUUAUUGUUUUCACCAGAAUAGGAUCCAUGGCAAUUCUUUUGAGCCAUUAUAGGCCUUACUCAACAAUCUUUGCAUUCAUGAAUGAGUAAGCAUUAGCAGGAUGUGUGCUUUUAUACUGAAAUUAUUUGUUUGAAGGCCACCCAACAUAGUUAUUUUUUUGUCUUUUUCUGCUUUAUAAUUUUUAGAGGGUGUUAAGUAUAGAUGCUUAAGUUAAUGUUCUAUUAUUGCACCCACAAAUUUAUGAUUUCUCUAUUUGCAUAGCAAGAAUUAAGCAGAGGUUGGCGCUUUAUCAUGGCAUUAUGUAUUGGGAAUAAAUUUGUAUGUCCACGAUUCAAGUCAUCAUGUAAU